AUGAUGCCGUCAUGCAGUGAACAUAUGGCGCCCCUUCUUACGGCUCCGGCGGAACCCACUUUCCUGGGUGUUAUAACUGCGCAGAACGGCGCCCUCUACGAAUUGAACGUCAAUUCAGCAGCCAUGCCCACAAUUAAUAUUGACGCUUCCAACAUGGACGGUGAUCCGGAAGGAGGGCCAGAGCCAGGCUCCGCACCUACGUCACCAUCCGACAAAGAUGGAAACAAAUCACCAUCAGCAGCUACACACAAUGUCUCACCCAAUCCAUCGCCGGCUGCCAAAGACCAUGCUGCAAGAACGGCCAAGGUGGAUGGUAAUCCACAGUAAACCUUGUGCCCACUUUGGUUAUAGAGAUGUACAACGGCUAGUAUGAUGGCGUGUAUCAGUGAUUCUACGACUUCAUUCGACUACAAAUGAGCCGGGCUCAGCACCCGCGCCUUAAUAGAAUAUCGGCACUGAAACGACUCAGGGCCUUCGGCUAUGUCCAAUGGCGAAUCCAAACCAUCGCCUUUUGCCAGAGGUGUGCUAAAGUGCUGCGCGAGGGUCCGAGCGCGCGAGGUUGAUAGUAUGCCACAAUCAUCAGUCACAUUUUUCUCUGAUUGUCAAUUUGUUAAAGACCUCGAGAGAUGUGUGGUAUUGGUAGUACUAUGGACAUACAGUUCAAGCAUCACGUUAAGAUGACAGUAGUAUAUAUACGAACAGUGAUCGUCGGCGGCCACGUCGGACUCACCUGAACCAUGCCGAUUGCCGAAAUUAAUUCAGCAAAAUGAUCUCAAGGUGGGUGGAUCUUUGUGCAGUAUUCCGUUGUACUCACUUGGGACGUAUGACCUGGAACUUAAAGUGACAGUGUCCCUGCCAGAUCUACGGCUAGAAUCCGAUUCGAGGUGUCCAUAUAACUGACACCAUUCUAUAGACAAUUGCGCUGGAGAUGGGCUUCAGAAAUUGGCACAAGUUGUACCAAAUGUCACGUCCAAAUCAUAUCUCGAUACCGGUGGCAAUGCCACGAGAACCUUCCAGGUAGUAAAUUUACCGCAAUAGACCAUUGCAUCUGCGCUGAAAGAUUGAAUAUUCAAUGCAUGUGCGACUGCUACAUCUAUUUGAGUAGUAGUUGAUUCCUCUGCAUUGCUAUGGAGUAAGUUCAUCAGCGUUUCUGCGCACAGGCACAAGUAAUGGAUCUGAGUCAAGCCUCUUGCAUCAAGCUGGCUGAUUGUAUGGUCGUUUUACGUCGGUCGCUGCUGAUGUUCAUACUAAAAGGGGAAUCAUAGUACUUUGUAUUGGUAUGAUCUAUCUGCAUUAAAGAGUGGGGGUUACUAUCGACCUCGGAGAUCCCCCCUCUUCCGUAUUGUGCGGCUUCAUAGGAAAUUUUUCAAUAUCAGAGAUUAGUACAAUUUAUUUUAGAUUGUACGAACGUAUAUAAAAGCGGGUUCAAGGAUCAGCUUCUAUUUGCAUGUAGACCGACUGUAUUCUUUACCAUCGUCCUAUGUUUGCUUCCUUAUUUGCUAAGGUAGCUGAGAUGGGAACAAUAAACCCCCAUUAGUCA